UACUCAUAUAAAUAACUCAGGGCGGUAGCAACGUCAAACUGAGAACUGUGGCGGUUGCGGCAACCUUCGAUCUUAAUCCCACGGGGCAACGUUGGAUCUGUUGAACUUCUUCUUUUAUAUGCACUCUGUGAUUUCGCUACACCCUCACUCCGCUUCGCCACCCUAUGGGGGACAACAACAGCAACAACGAUGCCUUCAUGCGCAACCAAAACGCCGCCGUUCAGGCCCGCACCAAAGCGCAGAACCGUUCCAACGUCCUUCAGCUCAAACUGAUUGGACAGAGUCACCCAACCGGUCUAACAGCGAACCUGUUGAAGCUCUUCGAGCCUAGGCCUCCGUUGGAGUACAAGCCGCCUCCGGAGAAACGGAAAUGUCCACCGUUAUCAGGGAUGGCUCAAUUUGUGAGCAAGUUUGCCCAGCCUGGCGAUCCAGAAUAUGCUCCACCUGUCCCAGAAACCGAGACUCCUGCACAAAAAAGAGCCAGAAUACACAAGCUAAGGCUAGAGAAAGGAGCUGCAAAGGCUGCUGAGGAGCUUGAGAAAUAUGAUCCACAUAAUGACCCAAAUGUGUCGGGAGAUCCAUACAAGACAUUGUUUGUGGCUAAACUCAGUUACGAGACCACUGAGAGCAGAAUCAAAAGGGAGUUUGAGUCAUAUGGUCCAAUCAAACGGGUUCGAUUAGUUGCUGACAAAGAUACAAAUAAGCCCAGGGGUUAUGCUUUCAUUGAGUAUCUGCAUACAAGAGACAUGAAAGCUGCUUAUAAACAAGCUGAUGGUAGGAAAAUUGAUGGUAGAAGGGUGCUUGUGGAUGUUGAGCGUGGGAGGACUGUUCCAAAUUGGAGACCUCGCCGCCUAGGUGGUGGGCUUGGUACUACUAGAGUUGGGGGUGAAGAAGUUAAUCAGCGACAUUCUGGGAGGGAGCAACAGCAGUCUCGUUCUGAAGAACCAAGAGUGCGGGAGGACCGACACGGUGAUAGGGAAAUAUCACGUGAAAGAGUUAGGGACAAAGACAAAGAACGGGAGCGAUCACGUGAACAUUCUCAUGAAAGGGUCAGGGAUCGCGAUCAGAGAGAGGAUAGGCACCACAGAGACCGAGAUAGGACCAGGGACAGAGACAGGGAAAGAGAUAGAGAUCGUGGACGUGAUAGAGAUAGAGCACGUGAUCGUGAGCGAGGGAGGGACCGUGACCGGGAUCGAGAAUAUGAUCGACAUCGUGAGAGGGAUAGAGAUUAUGAAGUUGGCGAAACUGAUCGAGGACGCUCACGUGAUAGGGAGUCUCAUUAUGAUCGUGUUGAAUCUAAACAUGGGGAAAGGAAUCAUGACUAUGAGCCUGAGGAUGAUCGUGGUAGGCAAAACCAGUAUGAGCAUGGACAUAGGCAUGCAGACCCUGAUCAUGACACUGAGCAUUAUGACCCCUACAAUCAUGGAGAUGAUCGUGGUGACCAUUACAAUCAGUAUCCUGACCCUGAUAGGAUGGAAGAUGACUACCAUGCAGGACGUGCAACAUCUGAAUCACAUGAAAAGGAGAGAAGUCAUGAUGUGGACCGUGAAUAUCGGCGCUCAGAGAGAUCACAUUCCCGGGAGUAUGAUUAUUAGGAAUUGGGCAUAGUACUUCUCAACUUUAAUUGGUAAGAUUUCAUCAUUUGGUACAUUUACUUUUGAAUCUUGCUCCCCCGGUAUUGGUAGUUUUUGAAUGGAUUAAAGCACGGUGUGAUCAUUACAAAGAAAACUGUAGCUGCUACCAUCCAUAUGGUCCAUAUUUGAAAGCUUGAAUACUGCAUCUUUCGAGACGUUUGCUGCCUUUUGUCAACCUGGACUUGGACAUCUAAUAUUGGUAUUUUAUUUGGCAUUUGUGUUGUUUUCUGCUGACUUUUUAUGAAAUUAAACAUAAUGUUUUUCUGGUUCAUUUUUUACGGGAAACAAUUGUGCGGGGUCCAAGUUUUCGUUGGUCUGUUGAUCUCUGUCUUAGCUUGUGUUUACAAUACAGAGUUUCCAGCAUUAUUUGUACGUUUUCUUACAAUUUUUCUUACGUUGGACACCAAUUAUGUGACAACUUCCAGGGUUAUUUGAGGUUUGAUUUUUGAUC